AUGAAUAAGCAGUAAAAUAAGAUUCAAAUGUUCAAAUUACUAAGUUUAAAUGAAUCGAAUUAGAAUAUAAAGGUAGAUGAAUAAAAUUAAAUAGGCAAUAAAGAUAUUUAACCUGAAGAAGAGAAAGAAGAUUACACACUGUAUAAUAUUUAAUUAUUUAAGUAAAAUAAAAUGGAAGGUGUAUUUAAUGCAACAAAUUAAAAGCGUAAAUACAGAUAAUUAAUAAAUAGAAGAGGAGGACUUAAUAGACUGUUAGAUAAACAGGAUAAAAAGAUUGAUUAAUAAGCAAGUUGUUUAUUUAUAAAAAUAAAAAGCUUAAAAUAUAUAAUUAUAUAUAAUAUAUUUUAUUAGAUAAAUUAAAAAAGAAAUUGAUGGCUAAAACAGCAACAGAAUAUUCAGAUUAUGAUAUCUCUGAUGAUUCUCUGGUACCUAAAAUUUUUUACUAAAGCUGAAGGGAAGAAUAAAUCGAAGUAAAAUAGAUAAACCAUUAAUUUGCUUUUGUGUUUUAAACUUUUUUCUUAAUGCAGCUGUUUCGGUAAUAGCACCUUUUUACCCUCCUUUAGCUAAAGAUAAAGCACAUGUCUCUGUAUCUACAAUAGGAUACAUAUUUGGAUUGAAUCCAAUUGGUGCAUUUUUUUUUUCUUUAGUAAUGGGUAAGAAAAUGUCUUAGUGGGGAAGAAGAAAGUGUAUGUUAAUUGGUCUAGUAAAAUUAAUUAAUAAAAAUAGGUAAUUUAAUCAGUGGUAGUAGUUGCAUUUGGAUUAUUGGAUUUUAUGACACAAAAUAAAGUUUUAUUUAUUACUGUUUCCUUAGUAACUAGAUUUUUAUAGGGAGCAAGUAGAGCUGCAUAUAGUAGUAUCUCAUUUGCUUAUAUUCCUAUAUUAUGGCCUGAUUCUAUAUAAAAAAAAAUAUCAAUCUUAGAAACAUUAACAGGGUAUUCUUUAAAUAAAAAAACAAAGUUUAGGUUUGAUGAGUGGUCCAUUUAUUGGAGCAGCUUUGGAUGCCUUAUUUGGAUAUUAAAUGAUAUUUUAUACCCUGGGAGGCAUAUUUUUCAUAGCUUUAAUUCCAACAGCUAUAUUCUUACCUGAGGAUGAUCAUUCUUUAAAUAAGAAGUAAAGUCUUAAUUCAAAACGAGUGAUUAAAAAUAGAUAAAUAUGGAGUUUGGGAAUGUUAUUGACUAUGAUGUCUGCAGGUACAACAUUUAUUAAUCCUAUUUUUUCAAUUCACAUGAAAUGUUAUGGUAUGGAAGAAGAUGUUGCUAGUUUAUUAUUAGGAUGGUUAACGAUAUCAUACAUCAUUUGUAUUAAUUUAGUUCCAAAAUUGUUGUAAUGCAUUGACAAAAAAAUAAUAUUAACUGUUGGAUUAUUUUGUUCUUGUUUAGGUGAUUUAAUUAUUGCUCCACUAAAUAUUUUUCCUAAUAAAUGGUUUAUGACUGUAAUAGGACUUCCAUUUAUUGGGAUUGCAAAUGCCUUUUGUGUAUUGCCUUCCAUACCUUAAUUUAUGGAUUACUUAAAUAAAAUUUUCAACAACGAUUAGCAACUAAGAUUACCAAUAUCUGAUUUAUCGAGUGGAUUAUUUAUUUCCUUUUAUUCUCUUGGAACUUUUGUGGGACCAGUAAUAGGAGGAAUUGUUUAUGAUGCCUUUUUAGUUGACUAAUCAAAUGAAGCCUAAUUAACGAGUUUCUAAAGAUCUUCAUAUACAAUGGCAGGUUUGUAAGCUUUAGUAUCAAUACUAUUUAUAUUUGGGGGUGAUGUUUAUCAACCAAAAUAUAAAAGAAUUAGACAGGGUGAAAAUGUAGGGAUUUCACUUGAAGAGGAAGAUGAAUUUGUUGGUUCGAAUAAGAUUGGAGUUUAAAUGUUUAGUUCAACCUAACCUAAUGUUUCUUGUGAUGAGUCUAAUUGA